AUGGAGUCGGAUCUCUCGAACGCUCAAUCUGAGGAGGAAUCCGAAAAUGGUCCUACUGCUCUCCUGGAAUCGGAUCACGCUUUAGCAAGGGCCUUUCUGGAAAGAACGUGGAGUCGACAGUGCGACUGCCGAGAGGGAACAAGCACGGCGUCAGACGGGCAAAAUGUGUUCAGCCUUCGAAGAAUGACUGAGUAUUGGCGGGGCCUCGGUGUCCCAGACUCGAUCGGCACUGCGUCUGCUGUCUCUGAGGCAGACGAAGUUGAAGAUGAGGACGAAGGGCGAAAUAUGAACACAAACACAGAGCUCGAUUGGUCCGCGAUCCUGAGCGGUGGAGAUGACCGCCCUAUACUGAAUAUUGAGAUGUCUCAAGAUGGCGCUCCAGCUAUCGAACGAACCUGGGACGUUGACAGUAUCAUCUCAUGGGCUUCUUGCUUGUCAAUCAACCGUGGUCUCUAUAUCUCGUAUCACCCUCCAGCUUCGAGGAACUUCGGCAGCAGUGUUCACGUCUUUCAUCAGAAGGACCCUCUGCAUCUCGUUCCCCACUUUCGGCUAGGCAAUGGAAGACAAUCUCCCCAGUUUGGUGACGAGCGUCGUACAUGGAUCGACCGACUUCUUCUACCAGCAGUCCGUCACAUUUGUCCUCCUGACAUUAUUCAACAUCAUCCUCGAUCUUUUGACGACGUGGAGAGCAAUGCCUAUAGUCGCCAGCGAGAAACAUGCGGUGGCAAGGUUCAAGGCAAGAUGGAUAUGCAUCACUAUCUCCCCCAAGAAUAUCUCCAGGCCAUCUGGGAACACAUGGCUCAAGAGACCAAGAAGCCCGAGAUGACGCUCGAGUUAAGCCUCGUCAAUCGCACCCUCUACGCAAAGGUGGCAUUGCCUACGCUCAACGAUAUAACAUAA